AUGUCCGCCACCCUGACAUUAAGGGCGCUGGUAUUAGCAGCCCUUCUGCUAGUUCUAGUGCCCUGCUGUUCUGCGUUCCGAUUUGAUAAGUCUCGUCAUGAAGAUGUCCAUGCAUCGGAUCACCAGGACAUUUAUUCUGCAGAGGCAGAUAUUAUGAUCAAACAUGAUAAGAGCGAGGAAGGAGAGAACCACGGCGAUAUUAAAGUGCCAGAUGGCGCUAGAUUCACGUCAUUCAAGGUUAACGAGAAGGGCGACGAGGAAAUUCCAGGUUUCAUCUCAAAAGAUCUGGAAGACGACGCUGUCGAGCAUCUCUUUAUUGUUCUCCAUGGAAGACUAAGAGAUGGAAACAGCUACUGGAAGAUGCUGCACAACUCCAUCAACCAGGCCAGAGAAGACAACUUCACCGGAACAGACCGCAAAAUGGCAGUUCUCGCCCCGCAGUUCUUCUCAAAGAAAUUCAACUCCGGCCAAUAUAAGAAGAACCAGCUGGCCUGGGAUGACUUGAACGCUUGGCAGCCAGGCGGCCAAGCUAUUCACCCCGAAAACACAACCCUUACCUCUUUCGACGUCUUGGACGGCCUCGUCAAGCUCCACUCAGACAAGGAGAGGUACCCUAGCCUAACAAACGUCACCAUCGUUGGCCAUGGUGGCGGUGGCCAGCUCGCCCAGCGAUACUCAGCUCUGGGUAACGAUCCCCCCGAGAACGUCCACGUUCGAUACAUCCACGGCGACCCAUCAUCCUGCAUGUACUUCACCGAAGACCGCCCUGUCCUCUCAGACACCGAUGCCUCGAAGAAAACUUGCGAAUCCUACAAUAUCUGGCGAUACGGCUUCGACCACUUCCCCGGCACGGGAGGCAAGCGCAUGACCCCAAAGGACUACUUCAAGCAGUACGUCAGUCGAGACGUUGUCUCAAUUGUCGGAUUGCAGGAUACCGGAAGCGCAGGUGACACGAGCUGCAUGGCGCAGGUCCAAGGAGGCCAGAAUCGACGUGCUCGCAACCUGAUCUGGUUCCGGUACAUCAACUCGCUUGCGCGCACGGACGAAGACCUAUCUGGAUUCCCGGGUUCAUUCAAGAAUCUUCCUGAUUGGAGUGACGCGGUGGAUGGAAAGAGUCAUCUACGACUCCUUGUUGUUGAGGAUGUGGCUCACAAUGCGGAGGAGCUGUUUGAAGGAGAUCUUGGACGAGCGGCGCUCUUCCACGAUCGUGAUAUUGAUCAAGGCUGGCGUCCCAAGAAGGAUGAUAACUAG